AUGAACCAGGAGCUGCUCAAGUCAAACGCCGAGCUGAACGCGCCUUUUCAAUCAUCGGCGGUGGAAAAGGUGGCAGAGGCCGAAAGCAUGCGUGAAGUUGUAGAGAAUAGGAAACAUCCGCAUGCAUUGCCUCAACAGAAUUCAAAGAUGCUCGCUCUGGACCCAACACGUGGGAAUCAGGAGCUGAAGCUUACACAAGCGGUUGUAAGAAGUGUAUUGCUUUCAUCCCAACUGUCGGACAGCGAGGAACAAUGUGGAAAACUUGAGGAAGUCAUUGCCACAUUGCGCACUGAACUGGAGGCAAGUCGGUCUCGCCACAGAGAGCUGGAACAACAGUUGAGUCAGGCUGGAUGCGAGAAGGAAGCUCAUUCAAUGCGACUACUGGAAGAACAAGAUGAGCUGAACUGUGUUUCGUGCAGGGCAGACCAGCUUCAAGCACGGGUGAAAGAGCUCGAAGCCUCCAAGCAACAGCUGGACACGCUCUGCUCCGAGCUUCGGCACAAGCUAAGUGAGAACGAGUGCAAGCUUAACGUGGCUGCCGAAGAAAAGAGUGCGUUGUCUGAAAUCAAGGAAGUUCGAACAGCUCACGCCUCCUUGCGUGCCCAGUUCGAUGAAAGAAGUAAGCGGCAUGCGACGCUAAUAGCGUCUGUGCAGCACCAGGUACAGGCAUCCGAGGUCCUGGUUGUCAGACUGAACGAACAAAAGCAAACUCUUACUAAGAAUUCUGGAAAGCUUGAGGCCGACCCCAAACUGCUUCGUUCUGAACUGGUAAAAUUACGCGAAAAUAAUGCCAUGCUUGCGAGCGAACUAACUGAGGUUGCUCAUUCUCUUGAGAAAGUCAAUGAGAACCUCGUUUCGCAAAACAGCCAAUUAGAGAAAGUUAGUGCGGAAUGCGUCAGACUUCAGCGGUGCAUUGAGUCGAGCACAACUGAAAAGGCUGAACUUGAGGUUCGCUUGGAGAAGGAAGCAGAGGUUGUUGAUUCGCUCAAAAGAAAAUGUGCCGAGCAUGUUGCUGUGAAUGUGGACCUUUACCUUGAGCUCCAUCUUGGAUGGCAGCAGCGGCCGCGCACGGCACGCGUCAUGGCCAUGGCGUGGAACCGCGUUGUAAAAAGGUUGGUGGAUGUGCAGAGGGGGUACGACACGCGGACAGCUCGCCUCUGCUCUGAGCUUCACAUUGGGAGCCUGUAG